GCCUCUCUGGCGCCGCACCGCUGUCGGGCCGAGCUUCAGCCAUGGCAAAGAUAGGCGCCAAGAGGGCCGUGUACCCGCUGUUCCAGCUGGGCGGCCCGCAGCUUCGGAUCUUCCGGCCCAACUUCUUCAUGCAGGCGGUGCGGCCCGGCGUGCCGCAGCCCGAGGAUACCGUCCAGUUCCGCAUCUCCAUGGAAAUGACGAGAAUAGAUGUCAAGAAUUACCUUGAAAAAAUAUACAAUGUGCCAGUAGCUGCUGUGAGGACCAGGAUACAGUAUGGUUCCAACAACAAGAGAAAUCACAAGAAUCAAAGAGUGAAGAAGCCAGAUUAUAAGGUCGCCUAUGUACAGCUGGGCCAAGGACAAACCUUUCAGUUUCCCAACCUAUUUCCAGAGAAAGAAGAAGAUGCAGAAACUCGCUCUCAUGAUGACUUCAGAAAUAAAUAUAUGGAGAGUGAGAAGCAGAGGCAGGAAGGUGACCCCAGACGAGGUGGAGUUCCUGACUGGUUUUGACUUUGAUGCAACAAGCCAGCUGCCUUUCUUUAGGCUCAGAGAGAUUUUGAUCAGCAGACUUGCACUCUUCUUGUAAUGACUGAAUGUUUAUUCUAGAGCAGCCCUUGCUAGCAUGUCUUUUUUCCUGGGUGUUUGUGCACGACUACGACAAAAUGGCCCUAAAGAAAUAAAAAGGUAAAAUAAAUCUG